UGCCUAGUAUAAAUACGCACUCUACACUCGGUGAAUGUCAAUUUAUGAAGUAUUCCAAUCUGUGACAAUGGUGCAACAAGUUGUAAAAUUUUAUAACGGCAAUACUUAUCCCAUUCUUGGUUUGGGUACUUGGCAGUCCAAACCUAAUGAAGUGACUGAAGCAGUUAAACAUGCCAUUGAUGUCGGUUAUCGGCACUUUGAUUGCGCUCUACUCUAUGGAAAUGAAUCGGAAGUAGGUUUAGCAAUUGCAGCAAAAAUCAAAGAAGGUGUCAUUAAACGAGAAGAUAUUUUUGUGACAAGUAAAUUAUGGAAUACGUACCAUCGACCUGAUCUAGUUGAACCUGCGUUAAAGAAAACUCUGAACAGCUUUAAAUUCGAAUAUCUCGAUCUUUAUUUAAUGCAUUCACCUAUGGGAUUCCAACCUGGUGAUAAUCCAUUUCCCAAAGAUGCUGAUGGUAAUUUUAUAGACGAUGGUACUGAUUAUAUCGAUACUUAUCGUGCAAUGGAGGACCUUGUCAAAAAAGGUCUUGUAAAGAACAUUGGUAUCAGUAACUUCAAUUCUCAACAAGUAGAACGAUUACUCUCUAACUGCACGAUAAAACCAGUGACAAAUCAAAUCGAAUGCCAUCCGUAUUUAGUUGGGAAAGAGUUAUCUGACUUUUGCAAUUCCAAAGGAAUCCUUAUCACUGCUUAUUGUCCUUUCGCUAGACCAGGUUUAAGGCCUAACGAACCUACAAUUUUAGAAGAUCCGAAAAUCACAGCAAUGGCUACUAAGUACAAGAAAACUGCUGCUCAAGUUGUACUGCGGUAUCAAAUACAACGUGGACACUUGGUGAUUCCCAAAUCAGUAACAAAAUCUAGAAUACAAGAAAACUUCAAUGUCUUCGAUUUUGAAUUAAGUUCCGAAGACAUGAAUACAAUAAAUGGCAUGGACUCUAAUAUAAGAGUUUGCUUCAGUUCUGGAGGGAAGAAUACGCACAAAUAUUAUCCCUUCUAAAUAAAGAAAUAAUAAUAAUAAAACAUACCUUUUCUUAAAGUUAUACAUUUUAUCAAAUACUUUUUAUAAAAUAAUGGUUGUAGAAUCCAAUUUUAAAAUGAAUAAAUAAAAAACUUA